AUUUUUUUCAAGAUGGCGGACAAAGGAGAGAGUGAAAGCCUCGCAAAAUCGCGAGAACAACGUAAAAAUGCUGGCAAUAAAAUGUCCAAACUGCUCGCAGAUGAACUGGGCGAUGAUGAAUUUUACAAAACAGCGCUUGGUGGCUUUGGAGAAGAAUCGGGCGACGAAGAAUAUGUUUCGGAAGACGACCAAUCUGACCAAGUGGAUUCCGAUUUCAGUUUGUCGGAAACGGACGAAAUUAUCGAGCAAGACGACGACGAUGACGGCAAAAAGAAACGAAAGAAAACGUUUUAUAAGGAGCCCGUUCGCGCAAAGGCCGAAGUGGAGGCCAAAGGAGAAGAGAGAGUGCCCAAAGAAAAUAAAAUUAAGAAAGACUUGAAGACGGCUGUGGAAUUGAGAGUGUCUAGUAGAAAGUCGACUCGGGCAGCGACUGCACAGAGUUCUGACAAACAUCGGAAGAGAAUGGAAGGAAAGAAGGUUGAUUUGUCAAUAUUUGUUUUGGGGUCAACAGCAAAUGUAUUAAUCCUAUAUUCCCAAACUUGUUCUGUGAUUGCUUAAUAAAUAUCACUUCCCCUGCCCCUGAAGUUCAGUUGGCCACCCUUUAAGAUGUCAGCGAGUGACCAUCUGAAAUUCAGGCUACCCUCCCGCCUACCACAGGUGAAGGGGUGAAAACAAUCUCAUAACAAGUUUGCGACUACAGACUAUGACCUUACCUAUCAACACUGCCAUAGUUCCUUCUGUGACGAUUUCCAGUCGGGCAUUGCAUCAUGCUCUGACCAACUCUGCUAAGCAUUUCUCCCCCAAACUGGAUCCCUUCCACAUACCAUUUUCAGUGGGCAUACCAUGACUACUGUAGACUACCCCAGGAGAUCUAAAAACUGGUAGACAUUCUAUGAUUUAGCAACAACCAACAGUACACAUCAAGGAGAGAAAUGUGUUUACCCACCCUUAAAUUAUGUGCAUUUGAUAAUUUUACCAAUUCUAUGUACACAGAAGAUGUACGUACAGUAUUAUGAUGAUAAUAUUUCCCCAUAUACAGCCACACAUUUUCAUUUGGUAGUCCAAGGUUGAACUUUCAAAUGUGUUAGCUUCUUUGGGUUUUGUGUGCAUACUUUUAGGGUACACUGACAUAAGACAAAUUCACUUGCUAAUCUUCAUCAAUCUACCAAAAUACAUGAAUAAACAGUUGCCUAGUGUCUGACCCCAGACCAUGCACACAUGACAACUUUGACUGAUCAACAACAGGACACAUGUACACAUAGUGUACCUAUUUUUUUCUUUUGGACAAAAAAUUAUAAUCGUAAAUAUAAUAUAUAUUAGUAAAUAUAUAUUAUCAAACUAUAUAGUUUAUAGAAUUUGUGUAUAAUUUAAUUGUAUAUUUUGGUAAGCGAAGAUCCACUAUGUGGAUAUAUUGCCAAUAAAUCAUUAUUAUCAAUUUUGAGCCAUACUCAAAUCACAGAAUCCAUUUGGUAGUAAUUUAACCACUCUAUCACAUUUUAGGUUGACAAAAAACAAGUCAAAUUUUCACAACUCAGACCGCUAACCCAGAAAGAAUUACUAGCCGAAGCUGAAAUUACCGAACAACUGAACAUUGCCUCGCUCAAAGCUUAUCAACAAAUGGAAGAAACCAAAAAGAAGGCUAAAAAUCUAAAACCUGUCCGCAAAGAACCAAUGAUUCGAUAUUUGUCCUUGUCAAUGCCAGUUAUUGAAGUGAACGAAGAAAUAAAAGUCGACGACGAUGGUGGUAAUGAAAACCAAUCAGAAACGCCGACGGAGAAAGAUUCUGAGAAAACCCCUGAACCGAAAUGUUCUAGGAAUUUUAUAAUAUUCACGGAUCCAAAAACAUUUCCUGGAAAUUACUUUACCAGUAACAAGGUUUCUAUCCCGCAGAAAGCAUAUUGUCCAGUCACAGGCCUACCAGCAAAGUACAAAGAUCCAGUAACUGGACUGCCUUACGCUACAGCCCAAGCUUUCAGAUACAUUAGAGAACACUACGCCAAACAAACCGCUGAUGCAGACAUGAAGCCAAGUGAUGGGCGAUUGUAAGUACAGCCUUUUAGUUUUUUUCUUUCAAAGAAAAUGCAAUCAAACCCUAUUGAUUGCAAGUCGUUAAUCGUGGUGAUUAAUGGAUAAAUAUCAACCUUGCAUACCAAAUGAAAUCAAAUUACGUCGAGAGCACAGGAUUGUCCCUUCGAACGCAUUUCACUGUCGUUUGAUUUUUUUAUACCGACAACUAAGUCGUUCUGUGUGUCACUCCGAUUUUGGAGAUACGGAAGGGUGAGAAUUUCGGUGGUUUUGUCCAGCGAACCGCUUAGACAAGUUGUUAACCACGAGCUGCUCUUUCACAUACCUUUUUAAUUUAAAUAUUUAAAGUUUUAUCAUGUACACAUAAUAUAAAUAAAAAAUAACAUUGUGGUCUUUUUUUUCCAGGCGAUCGUCAAAAAGAUUUCUAGCGCAACAGACUGUGAUGGAGGCAACAUGAAUUUCAAUUGAACAAAAACAUUACUGAAAUAUGUCAGACUUUCUUUUUAUUACUCACUAUCUAUCUUUAUUAAUACUAUGAUACUUUAAAAUAAGUUACAUCAAGACUAUUUAAAGGUUCCAAUACAAUGUACAUACAGUAACAGUGAUUAAAAUGGCAGACAUCAAAAUUGAUCGAGGAGGUUUUGUAUUGAGUCACACAGCCCAUAUAAUAUCGUACAUCUUUCAAGAAUUAUAUCUAUUAUGGUCUAGAUAUGCUAUUAAUCAGUGAAUAUGAUAUUGACUAUUGUCAUGGAAUACUAGUUGAUAUCUUAUUGGUUAGAGAGACUUGUAAUUUGUAUGAGAGAACGGCAUUGAAAACGUGUUAGCACUGCUACUGGAUAAAAGAAAACCCUGCUGCCCUUAUAAAUAAAAUAAAAUCUAUUUUCUACAAUACACAAUUGCACGAGAUAUAAUCACAAGAUAUUUGAACAUGAAUAAUUACACUUGAGCACAGGAAAUGUCAACCUUUUCUUAACAUCAUUUUCUUCAUUCUUCCUCCAAGCGUUUACGUUCUUUGCGGGCUAAAUUUUACACAGAAAUGUUAGAAGUCAGCAGAUUGUUUGAU